AAAUCUCAAAUUUCUAAUUAACCGAUCCAGACAAUUGCAUUCCAACACCAACGCUUUUGACUGAUCUAAUUUAAACAACAUACAGCGUCUUUACGUAAAUGAUUCGAGUUGUCAUGUGUUCAGAUUAGCUGUCAGCAAAUUAAUGAAGUCAAAAUUUCCAACUGCGUCUGGAUUAGCUGUCAGCAAAUUCAUUAAUGAAGUCAAAAUUUCAAACUGCGUCUGGAUUAGCUGUCAACAAAUUCAUUAAUGAAGUCAAAAUUUCAAACUGCGUCUGGAUUAGCUGUCAACAAAUUCAUUAAAAAAGAUGUAUUUUGUAGACUGUAUGCAGAUUAGCUGUCAGCAAUCUUAUUAAUAAAGUCAAAACAUCAAACUAUGUCCAAAUUAUCUGUGUCAACAACUCUAUUAGUGAUUACAUGUUCUGACAGCAGCAGUUUUUCUUGUAGUCCAUUUGAUGAGCACAAGGAUAACAGAAUAUCCUUAAACUAAUUUAAAUGUCAUUUCACACCUACAAAACUAACUGAUAAUGGCUGAAAAGUUUUCUAGAUAUUUUUGGUACCCAUAAUUUAAUCUAAAAGAGUACUUACCCAUUUAAAAUCUUUCUUUUAUGCACAAUGGCGGACACAUGCAAUCAAAAGUGUUAGCGGACAAGAAAACGACAUAAACCGGACUAAAUUUUAAUUCCUCCUCAUAAGCCCAAAGUCGGAACUUCGGGAGUUUUCUGAAGAAUAUAAUUCUAGUUUGAGGAUGAUGAUAAAUCUUGCAGGAUAUAUUGGUUGGAAACGAGGUUUUAAUUAAAAAGGCUCAUAAUACUUUCAUAGUAUAUAAUACUAUUAAAUUGAUUCUCUAAGAGAGAUCAAAAGAAAUUCCUUGUGAGCAUCGAGCCAUUAAAUAUUUAGAGAUAUAUUGCAUUAACGAAUAGCAACUCCAAGCAGAAGAAAGAGGCUCUUGACAGAAAACUUUGCAAAAUUGGCGAUUUGUUUCAUGCUUUGGAUUUUGAUGAAGGAGGAUUAUCACUAUGGCACUACGUAUCUUCAUUGCGACAAUAUUAUAAUCCUAUUUUUUGUCUUAAAAUCUCACGUAGGCUUCCACUACUUAUGUAAUAUAAUAUGACUUAUAGAAAAAGAGCCUAUAUGAAAUAAUCUUUUAGAAUAAAUAAAGGUGAAGAAUUCUUUAUUUUAUUGGACGACCAUCAAAAUCCUUCAAAUAAUGUGUACUAACUAUACUAUGAAAAUCAUCCUUAUAUGCCAACAGUAUGCAUUUUAGUAAUUGCUAUUCUAGUGUUUGAAAUCACUUUACACACGCCUAAUGCCGUCACACAUGGUUAUUUUUCUAGUUUUGUAAUAAAUUUAAAUUUUUCAAGUAUUACUGCGGAUAGGGCGUCAAUUCUUAGUAGAUUUAUUCACUGGGUAGAAAGAUUUAUAUUUUGUAUAAAAAAAUAAUUUUAAUCACUUCAUUGGGAUUGAAAAUGACGUCAUAUUUGUAAGGAAGUUUAUUACUGUAUCGAUAAAGCAAAAAAUCUGAUUUCCUGAAAUAUCCAUUUGAAGUCAUUAAACUUUGCACAAGGUUAGAAUUUAUAAAUGUUUGAGGUAAGGAAAACAAUACUGAGAUUAGAAAUGACAAUAUUUUAGUGAAACGAUACUCCCUUUAAAUCUGUUCUGUAUUUUAGCUUUGUGACCCAUAUAUCUUCUUGGCAACACCUUAGUAACCACCUAGUGAUGAACAUACAUGUAAUGAAUACUAAAUUUAACUAAUACAAAAUCGUACAACACUCAUACAUGCAAGUCAGCACAUUAUAAAAUUUACAAAAAAUUAUACCUGUCCCAAAAUUUUGAUACCCCGCGAAAAGUAUGAAGAUUUUUCAAAUAGAAUUUUUUUUUAUUACAAGUCCCAAUGAAGGUUAGAAAAAGUCACAAAAUUUCAGCACAUAAUCACAUGCCAACAAAACUUAUGCCCAGUCCAAGAGGCCGUCAGCAUAUUGUACCCCCCCCCCCUUCCCCUUUCCUCCUCUCCUUUAGGUGUACCAACGCAAUAUGUCUGCAACAAUGUAAUUACGCUAAACAGUGUAAAAACGAAGUAAUCUGUGACAAAAUGUGAACGCAUUUCAGCACCUAUUUUAUAACAUAUAUUGUUCUUAGAUAAGCAAAGAGAAAAACAAAAUGGCCACCAAGGCAAAUUGGGAUAUUAUGAUAUCCUACCAUCAUGCGUCUGGCAAGGAGUACAUGAAAAGGAUUAAAGAGUCAUUAUUAAAACAGGAUUACUCUGUUUGGACUGAUGAAGAUCGAGUGUAUGGAGAUUUAGGUGCACGGAUGGCAGAAGGCGUUGCAGGAUCAAAAUUGAUCAUUCUUUUACUUUCAAAGGGAUAUGAAGAAUCUAAAACCUGUCAGAAAGAAUACAACUUGGCCUGUGCGCAACACAAGAAAAUUAUCUGUGUAAUAGUUGAGAAAGGUUAUAAACCUCCAGCAGACCAUGUGCUCAGUUUGAUCCUGGGCAAUAACAUGUACUACCAAUUAUACAGAGGUGAUGAAACAACUUUUCAAAAUCUAUUAAAAGACAUCUCACAACAGCUAUUAGGAGAAGCCCCAGUAAAGACUGAGCCCAUUUUGAAUUUUUGGAUGUAUAAAGACAAAGAAGAAAAUAUCAUUGUUAAGUUUCAUAAUAAAAACUUAAAAACCGUUCAGAGAAUUACUAUACAACAGGACGGUAGUGAUACCAAGGUAGAACUGAAAGAAUCAUCGUACUUUUAUGAAGAAAUAGGAGACAAUAAGCUUGUAUUAACAAUAUAUAAGGCAGCUACCCGGUACAUCCUAAAACUUGUCAUAUCGUUGCUGGACAUUGAUGGAAAUAAAGAGAUUUUUGAAGUAGACAAUGUCAACAUUGCCUGCGCUCACAAGUAUUACAACAAAGAAAGUAACUUUUCUCUCCAUACACAUAAUAGCGACAAAGUUGCAGCACAUAUUAAGUCAAUUAUCAGCACCCCUGUUCUUGAAACUAACAUUCAGCUGUUCUGUUGUGGAGAAGUAUAUGAAAAAAGUAGAAACGAAUACUUAAGAUUUUCAAGAAAUUAUGUUAAUGAAAACUGCACAUCCAACAAUGCCUUUCUAAAAGAAGCUGUCCAAUUUCCACCACCAAUGGUAAAUGAAGAGAUUUCCAGCUUUGCAUUUCGACUAAAGUCAAUUCUCAGUGAAAUUGGGCACGUGUUUGUGAUCUUCACACAUUACAAUGCCACGGAAAAUCUGAGACUUCUAAAUUUAAAUACUUAUUGUGAUCGUGUUCAAGAUUAUAAACACAGACUUCUGCUGCUCCAUCCAUCUCAAAAUACCUUCGUCAACAUAAGAUACACUAAAACUACUAGUGGGUCAAUCAUUGAGGAAGAAUUUCAAAAUGGUGAGGCAGAUAUCAAACAUUUGUUUUCAAUCAAUCAACAAUUUAUCUUGAAUAGUACCUCCAGAUUUAUAAAUGUUGUUGCUGCACCAAAUUUCCAAACGUUAGAGAACAUCGACGUUUGUGCAAACUGUCAAUUGUUAGAUCAGUCUAUUUUCUCGGAUGACACAAAGGUUCAAAAUUUCCUUCUAUCUCUUGGAUUAACAAGAAAAGACCUUGAUCACAAAAGCAAAGAGCAGUACAUGAACAUAUUGGGUCAAGCAAUGUGUUUCAUGGCUUGUAGAGAAACUAUGAACACUGUUCCAACAAUCAAAGAUGACAUCCAUGGGAAAAUAUGCAGUGUUCUAUUGUCAUCUGAACAGUCAAAUAUUUUGUUUGACGAAUCUAAAAAGAAAAUUAUUGUUGGACCAUUAGGAAGUGGUAAAUCGGUUCUUGCUUUAUCUCAUCUAAAACAACUUUACCAAUGUUGUGAAGGAAAAUGCACAAUAUAUUAUGUCAUGUGGAGUGACAAAACAAUACUGCUGAAAGGUAUUGAAAAAUUCGUCUCAAAAUUUCAAUGCAACAAAAAUACCACUGUAAAAGUAAAGAAUGCAAUUGAAUUAGCGAAAGAGCUCAAUCUCUUUAAACUUCCAACCUUAUCCCAAUUAUUACUGUUGUUGUUAAAGAAACACGGUGGUAUGUCAUUUCAUUUUAUAAGUGACGAAGUUGAUGGAGCGAUGUUUGACAAACAAGAAGCUUUAUCGCUGAAGCAGAUUUUGGAGAGGGAAGAGGCUUUAAAGAAUUCCAUGAUUGUGUUGUUUCUGCAAUCUUUGGAAAAGCACAGGAUAUUGGUUUCAUCUGGAGAAUUAAAAAGCCAUGAUAAAUACAAGUACGAAGAAGCUGGUAUGCGUGUGUUUUACCUCAAUAAAUCAAUGCGAACAACGAAGAAUAAUUUUAACUUCUUGGUACAAUUUGAGAAGAAAAUUUCCGGGAUUGAAUCAGUUAUCAAACAUCCUGUUCAGGACAAAAAUCAUGAAAUAUCAUCAGCAAAAUCUGGAACGACCAGCUCUACCAUUCAACAAAAUUCAAAGCAGCGUAAAGUCUUAGAAAUAAAGAAUUCACAAGUAGAAUCAGCCGAAGAAAGUAAAAAGAUUUUUGAAGAACCAGUGGAUAUAGAGAAAAUUGCAGCUGCCUCACAUUAUCCAGAUGUUUCUGAAGAUAUCAAAACCCUAACCAAAGUGAAAUGCAACUCUGCGCAAGAAGUUGGACAUAACAUUGAAGGUACAAAGCCAAUACUGAUACAUCUUAAUUAUGAAAAUGAAACAGAAGAACAAAGUAUUGUCAUGUUAGCUCUCUCGUUGGAAUACUAUCUAGAUCUUGUUAAUAUUAAACGUUUAUUUUUUCAUAACACUGUGGAACAAAUGAUCACGUUUCGAAAAGUUUUGGAUUUAAUCAGAAGGGAUUAUUUUGUUUAUAACAAACAAACUGAAUGGAGUGUCAUCGACCGCUGCAAUAAAGUGUGUGAUCUUCCUGCAGACGUGGGUUAUAAUAUAAUAACCGACGUACACGGUAGUAGAGGAACAGACUUUUGUGAAACCGUAUGUGCUAUUGACGUAAAUGACACUAUGUUGCGACACAAGACGUUAGAAGGCAUGUCCAGAGUAACUGAACGCCUGAUAAUUGUUUGCGCGUGUAACAUACAGUCUGCUACUACAAAUUCAUCAACUGGACAUAUCAUUAAAGAUCUGUUACCGGAGUACCUAAAUGAGGUUUCUGUUGAAUGCGCAAAAAAUUCAAAUAAAGACUUACAUUACAUUGAAAUGCAAGUCAGUGACAAAAAAUCGAUAGGUUUUGUGAAUACAAAUUCGCGCAGAUACAAAAAUCUGAUGGAACGGAUAAAGAAAAUUAAAUAUGAAAAGGAUGAAUCAGAUGUGCAUGAUUUCGCGCGAGUUAUACGUAAAAAUUUCCAGCCUCCAACAAUCAACGUGAGCUGCAACUUUUCAAACGACCGUUCCUGUACAAUUAAUUGGAAUGAGGAAGGAUAUCGUUACGUAAUUAAUAUGGAGAACGACAGAUCACAAUGGCAGAACGUAGAGCAUGUCAUCACGUUUGGUGGAUGUGUUAUCAACAAUUUAGUUAUUGGAAAUAAAUACAAGUUUCGUGUUUUGGCUAGUAACGACUUUGGUCAAGCUCAAAGUGUUGUAUCGUAUCGACAUGUAAAUAAUCUUCCAUCAAGUCGUGCAGAUAUGUCUGUCACUUUUGAAGAUAUCGAGGAAAUUAUUGAAUCUAACGAUAUCGAGAAACUGAAAAAAUUACUAUCCAUUCAUCCAAACAUCGUUCACAUGAGAGAUGAAGAUGAACGCACACCAUUGAUGUGGACAGUACUGUACACCAACAAUACAUCAAUGGUGGAAAUACUCAUCUCAUACGGGAGUGAUGUUUGGACGGAAGAUAAUAUAUUUAAACAAAACAGUUAUCAUUACGCUGUAAUUCAUGAUCGUCACAUAAUAUUAGAUAUGUUAUGUCGACAUGAUGUAACAAACAUCAACCGUGGAGAUGUUGACAACAUCACACCAUUAUAUUAUGCUGCAGCGCUUGGUCACAUCUCAUGUGUUGAUGUUUUGUUGCGUCAUGAAAAUGUUGAUGUGACAAUCAAAGAUGGAGCUGGAAGAACAGCUUAUGAUCGUGCUGGAAGAUGGAAGAAUGAACAAAAGCGGGAAAUAAUAAGACGAAAAAUAAAAGAAUACGAACAAAGAAGGAGGAGAUAAAUGUCCCAGGAAAAAAUAACAAUCCGGUCACCAGAUGACGAACAAGUUUGCAGUUAAAUUUUUUAUUCUAUUUAUAUUAGUCAUUUAUAUAUAUUAAUAUGUUAUACAUAUAUAUAUUUAUUUUAAAUAUAUCUUUUUGUAUAUAUGUCUAUAAUAAAUUAUUGCAAAUAUAAAUCCAUGUUGCUUUUAGUUUUAUAUUAUUUAUUAUUUAAAAUAUAUAUUUAUACUUUAUUUAUAUUAGAACAAAUUUAUAGGAACAAUGAAGCUGGAAGUGGCUGAAAAAUAAGAACAAAGGGAAAGGCUGAAGUUUUAAUUUUGUGUUCUUAGCGCAAAAAAUGGCAAAUUACAGAAUAAAAUGAUUUUAAGCAGUUUAUCAGAUUGUGUCUGACAGAUUUAUCUGAUUUGACAAAAAUCUUUUUUGUCGUCACAAUCUGAAAAGUUACAACGUUUUAACUUUUUAGAUUUUGUCUGAAGAGAAUUAACCAAUGAAGUUACAGAUUGUUUUAUGAAAUAUUAUUGAUUUAAAAAUUCGUAUGAUUUCGAAAGAAAGAAACUUCACAAACAGAAAUUUUAUUGAACUUUUAAAAGGGGAAAAAGGUCUAUGGAACAUAAAAACUCCGCCGUACAAAAACAAGGGGUGAGAAGGCGAAGGUAAUCGUCCGAAUUUGUGGCAAAUUAGAAAUGAAACAAAAUCUUCUCUUUCCCUGUUUUCGUUGUUUUCGUUGUUAAUGUAAAAGACGCCGCUGUCGGAUGAACAUGUAAUUAAAAAUCAGCGUGAAGACAAAUUUCAUCGUUCUUAUAACGCAUUUUUUAGCAAAAACAUUAGAAUUAAAUUUAAUUUUUACCAAUCGUACAAUCCCUUUCUUUCACACUGUCUAUAGUAAAGGUGAUCAGAAUUUUUAUUAGCAGAAUUUUCAGCUAUUCUCUGACCUUCCUUGUGAAUCCACUCAUUUAUAUAUAGUAUUGUGUUAUAUCAAGUAUAUUUAUAUACCUAUUUAUGUAUGAGUUCGGGUGAGUUUUAUAAAAUAUAUUUGAUUUGAUUUUGAUUUACUGUGGAACAAUUUUUGUUCGAUUUAUUUUCGUAUCAUGGAAAGAUACAUGUUCUAAGUCACGUGGUUUUGCUGCAUCAAAAUUGUCUCGUUCCCAACUAAAAAGGUUUGACUGCUAUAUUUUACGUGGCGUAAUGAAACUCUCACAUAGCUAUAGCCUCGUUUCGAUAUGAUUUCAUUAUUGCAAAGAAAUCUUCAUACGGAGAAAAUUUCUUUGCCUCCUUUCUAAGUUAUUAAUCUUUAAAAAUUAAUUGCUCGUCUCGUUUCCAUGCUUUUUUCGUAAUUAUAACCAGAAGAUGUGCUGUGGAGAGCUUGCAGAGACGAAGACUUUUUUUGAAUUUCCGCGCCCGAAGGCGUAGGAAAUUCUUUAAAACCGUCGUUUUUUUCUUUCGGAGCAUUUUUUGAGAAAAAAUCGACCCUGGGAUUUCACGUUGCCCAGUCACAGAUGUAAACUUCGUACCCAAGCUCCUUUACUACUGGGAAGUCUCGUAUUGACGUUUCAGGCCAAAAUUGGUAUUUGUUUUCGACAAAAUUUGGCACAGUUAACAAAAAAAGUAUGCUGAACAUAAUGGUGACAUAAUAAUUUUGAUUUUUGUCACCUAAAUGUCAUUUUAGGCCAAAAUUGGUCCAAAAAUUAGAACUACUUUAUUUUCAACAAAAUUUGGCACAGUUAACAAAUAAAGUAUGCUGAACAUGAUGGUGACAUCAAAAUUUUGGUUUUUUGCCACCUUAAAUGUCAUUUUAGGCCAAAAU